GGCCCAAGCUCAGCAGUCUCGGCUGCCGCAGUAGCCGCACCAGUUCUGCACAUCGUUCAAUCCCGCUCCCGGUUGCUUCGUUCUCCUACUCUCCGGUUUUUAAUUGUUUUGUUUUUUCCUUUGAUCCCCCUUUCAACCAGAGUUGUGUCGCUAUUUCCGGAAAAAAAUUUGGAAAUCUUCCUUAGAAUAUUUGCAUAAAUUGCUGACAGGUUUGACGAUUAAUUCAGCCGUCAUCGAGUGUUAACCCAUCCGUUAUUGCGUGUGAGAUCUCGUUCAGCCACGAGGCAAACCUUCGUUAUUCAAAGCGCAACGACAUGUUGCCAGUGAGCGCCAACGAUGACGUUGGCGGCAGUGCUAUUCAGCAACAGCAACAACAGUUCAUGAACGGACAACAUUCGAGGUCAAAGGGCAAUUUCUCCAUCGCCGCCAUUAUGGGCCAUCACCUGGCUCACGAAUCGCGGCCGUUCGCCAUGGAAAAGCUUUCCCCACCGCCACCGCGAAGCAUCCGCCGAUCGUCUGUUGAUCCAUCGCCAGAUUCGGACAGGGCCAUGAAAGAGGACGCGGUCGAGGACGAGGACGGUGAGUCUUCGUUGACGGAUCACGAGAUCGACGUCGAGGACAUUGAUGAGGGCGACGAUGGCCAUCAGAUGACUGUAAAAAAUGGUGGCGCCCUUCUACAUCGUCAUCGUCAUCAGCAGGGGAGUCAUGCGACUAUCCGAUCGUUCAAAGAGGAAGAAGAUGACGACGAAGAUGAAGUGUUAGAUAAAGACGAGACGAUCGACGAUGACGACGUUGGGGGUCCACCUCUUGGCGCAGUCAAAUCGAGGAAAAAAUCGGGCAAGAAAUCUGGCAAAUCGGGUGGAAGCGGGUCCAGCGGCUCGUCAUCCAGCUCCAAUCCGCAAAUCAAGCCCAAGUGCAACUGCGACCAGCUGCGACUCGUCGACUGCCACCUGGAGACCAAGGAACUUUGGGACAAGUUCAACGAACUGGGCACCGAGAUGAUCAUCACGAAAACCGGCAGGCGAAUGUUCCCAACCGUACGCAUCACGUUCUCCGGGGCGGUCCUGAUGGCCGAAAGCUCGCAACUUCAGCAACAACAACGUACGACGGCCGAUUUGUUAAUGACUCAUCCACAUCAUCCGCUGGCCUAUCACCAUCAUCAUAUGCAGCAACAACAGCUGACGGCUUCGCAACAGCAUUUGCAUUUACAGCAUCAGCAGGUUGGCCAUCCUCAGAGUCGAGUGCGGUACUUUGUUAUGCUGGACGUCGUGCCGGUGGACGGCAAGCGCUACCGGUACGCCUACCACCGAUCAUCGUGGCUGGUGGCCGGCAAAGCUGACCCGCCGGCUCCGGCACGGCUCUACACCCAUCCGGACUCGCCUUUCACUCCAGACCAGCUCCGCAAGCAAGUUAUUUCCUUCGAGAAAGUCAAGUUGACUAACAACGAAAUGGACAAGCAAGGACAGAUCGUCUUGAAUUCGAUGCAUCGCUAUCAGCCGAGAGUGCACCUGGUCCGACGGAUGGAAGGUGAUACGAGUCGACCGAUCGUCGAUUUGGAACGAGAACAAUUCCGUACCUACGUCUUCCCCGAGACGGUUUUCACGGCAGUGACGGCCUAUCAAAACCAGCUGAUAACGAAGCUAAAGAUCGACAGCAACCCGUUCGCCAAAGGCUUCCGCGACUCUUCUCGACUCAGCGACUUUGACCGGGAUGGAAUGGACGGCAUGGCGGAUUACAUUCGAGCGCCAUCGAGAAUGUUCCCCGAUGUGUCCGAUUUCGAAGCGGCUGGAUUUUUGAGCAGCGAGAAAAUGCGCAGCCUCGGCCUACAUCAUCCGCACAAUCAGCACCCGUUCGGAGGGUCCAUUCACUCGCAAAAUUCAAACAAUCCUCGCUUACCGCCAAUGCCGCUGGCCACUAUCCAGCAGCACUUGUUCGCCCUCCAGCAACGCACCAACGGCUAUCCUAUCAUGCCAUCGCCUUCUUCCGCCGUGUCGUCAAACGGAGGCGGAAGCAACAACCAAUUAUUACCCAUGCCGUUCCCGCAUCAUUUGCUGUCGCAAUGGACGCUGGCCGCAGCCGCCGGAUUCGGUUUCAAUCAGCUGGGAUUGUUCGGAUUGGGCGGAUUACCAAACGCCGGAUUGACAGGUCUGCAGCAACCGAGCGUGAAUCCUAGUUCGUCAGUAUCACCUCCACACUCGACUCGACAGCCGAGCCCGAUGGCAAGGCCGCCGUCGGUUACGGCCACUGUCACCGGUGCUGUCGCUCACCUGCCUUGCCUGUCGGGCGAGAGGAGCGAUCCGGUGACCGUUGCGAAGGGCCACAAUCCGUCGCAUCGCCAACACCACCGAUUCAGCCCCUAUCCGGCCAUCAACAUGACUAGCAGUAAGAUGAUAACGCAUGGCAACGGUGUGAACUACACGGAUGACCCGUCGGAUCGUUCACCUGCCUCGGCCGGUUCUAAACUGACUUUUGAUAAGUGAAAGGGGCGAGAGAGGGGAGGGUAUGCAACAUUACAGAUGCACACCUGCAUCAGUGUAUUGUAUCACAGAUGAAUAAACAAAAGGUUGACAUUUUAUACAGUAACUUGGCAUGACAGCACGUCGUUUGCUGAUCAUCGUCCGACCGGCUUUGUUCGGUUUUUAUUUUUUAUUAUUAUUUCUGUGACUCGUUGUUUUUAAUUUAUUUUUAUUAUUUCUUUUUUUUACCCAUUUCUUAUAUUGACAUAUUCUUAUACUCUCUAUAUGACUUCAGUGUUCAUUGUUUUGUUUUUUUUUCUUUUUUCUUUUUGUUUUGCAAGUUGGGCCACUCCCUGUUGACGCGUAUACACAGUCUAAAUUGAAAAUAGAGUAUUUUGUCGUGGCAUUUUUUGAUGUUAUUUGUUGGUUGGAUUUCUAUAACGUCGUGCUUCCUCACUCCCAGUCCCUCUAUUUUGGGCUAUUUUUUUUUUAGUUUCAUCUUCUAUUUUUUUCUGUCUUCCUCGAUCUGUUUUUUCAGCUUGUUUAGCUGCAACGCUGUACAGUCCUUAAUACUUUAUAUACACUG